CUAACAAUUUCUAGUUUCACACUUCACAAUAGCCUACACUAGGAGAAAACUCCAUUAGUAGUCUUUUUCACUCUCGACACUCCGAAUUCCCAAAAACCCGAAAUCCGAAGGAACACAGAGAGAGAGAGACAGAGAGAGAGAGGGAGGAAAAGUGACUCACAUCUAUCAAUAUGAAUCCCACAUCAGUAUGCUCGCCAUCGUCGUCGUCUGGAUCUUCGAGCAGCACCAAGUUAUGGAUCGUUCACGGCGUUAUUGCCGGAGUAGCAAUUGCAGCGACAAUUGGAGCCCACGCCUAUCUGGGUCGAUCCAGGAAAUUCCGGAGCAGGGUUGUCGGAAUUAUACCUGCCCGUUAUGCUUCUACGCGGUUUCAGGGAAAGCCUCUGGUUAAUAUCCUCGGCAAGCCUAUGAUUCAGAGAACAUGGGAAAGAGCAAAGCUGGCAAGUACAUUGGAUCAUAUUGUUGUGGCUACGGAUGACGAGAAGAUUGCUGAAUGUUGCAGGAGCUUUGGUGCGGACGUCAUAAUGACCCCAGAAUCUUGCCGUAAUGGUACUGAGCGUUGCAAUGAGGCACUUCAGAAGCUUGACAAGAAAUAUGAUGUAGUUGUCAACAUUCAGGGCGACGAACCUCUUCUUGAACCUGAGAUAAUAGAUGGGAUUGUGAAAGCCUUGCAGGCAGCCCCAGAUGCAGUGUUUAGCACUGCAGUGACAUCUUUGAAACCAGAAGAUGCCUUGGAUCCAAAUCGAGUGAAAUGUGUGGUGGAUAAUCAUGGUUAUGCCAUCUAUUUCUCAAGGGGACUGAUUCCAUUUAACAAGACGGGGAAGGUCAAUCCACAGUUUCCAUACUUGCUUCAUCUUGGAAUUCAGAGCUAUGAUUCAAAGUUCCUCAAAACAUAUUCGGAGCUUCAGCCUACUCCACUGCAACUAGAAGAGGAUCUAGAGCAACUUAAAGUCCUCGAGAAUGGGUACAAGAUGAAGGUGAUUAAGGUUGACCAUGAAGCCCACGGAGUUGACGCUCCAGAAGAUGUUGACAAGAUAGAAUCUCUUAUGCGUGAGAAUAACUUAUUUUAGUUCCAUCAUAAUGCAAAUUAGGCCAUGACAGAAGGAUUUGAACUCGUAAAAGUUCACAGUUGCCACAAUCAUAGUGGUUAAUUCAUUCAUCAAUGGGAUUUCGUGGCAUGAUGUUUGAUGCAGCUAUCUUGUUCAUGGUUGAAGAACUAGAAGAGUAAAUGCUUGAUUAAAAAUUACCCGUUGUUAAUUUUUUUUUAGAUUUUUUUGUUUAAAGUUAUUCUUUGUGGGUCUACUUUUAUCCAUAAUCGCCCACAGCCCCAAAAAAAAAAAAAAGAAUUACUAUAAUAGUGGUCCUCUCAGAUUGUAUCCCGCAUUAGAUUAUGUUAAUGGUGUUGUGCAAUAUUCUGUUUUCCUUUUGUGAUAAAAUGAUAAUAAUUGGAGACAAAAGGGCUUUGUACAUUUAUGUAAUAUAUCACAUGCUAGUUUGUGUGCC